AAUCUUAAAAAAAGCCGCAAAAAGAGAAAGUGCUGGACAUUGGUCGUCUAUACUUAUAUGUAAACAUUGUCACAUUUGCCGUUAUUGUCUAGAACUCUCUCUCUCUUGUUCUCCAAAGAACCACCGUCUCAAAUCUCUCAACUUUGAUCUGAGCUUUUUAGAUUCUCUUUCUCUCCCGCAAGAGAUCUUUGAAUCACACACAGUCAUGUCGGUUAUACUUCCUCUGUGUCUGAUUCUCUCCAUGAUUACCUAUUCAAAUGCGGCGUAUUGUGUGUGCAAAGACGGGAACGAGCAAGCGCUGCAGAAAGCAAUAGACUACGCUUGUGGAGCAGGAGCUGACUGUUCUCAGAUCCAGACUAACGGAGCUUGUUACCAACCUAACACCGUCAAGAACCACUGUGACGUCGCCGUUAACAGCUACUACCAGAAGAAAGCUUCCUCCGGCGCCACCUGUGACUUCGGUGGCGCCGCCACCAUCACUAACUCCCCUCCGUCAACGUCUUCAAGCUGUUUAUCUGGUUCCAGCUCUAGUGGGACCCCAUCCACCGGAACCCCAUCCACCGGAACCCCAUCCACCGGAACCCCGAGCACCGGGACCCCAACCACCGGAAAUCCAACCAGUGGCUUCCCAUCCACCGGAACUCCGACCACCGGGACACCUUCUACGGGAAUGCCAAGCUCCGGGAACCCUUCCACUUCAAAUGGUAUGCCAAAUUCCGGCACACCCACAAACGGAAUGCCAACUUCGUCCUCGUCUUCGGUUUUCCCCGGCACGACUCUUGGACCGACUGGGAGCGGUGGACUAGGCGAUCCAAACGCUGGAGAGAAGCUGUUGGUCCGAACUAACACGGUGGUUUUCUUACUAACCGGUGUAGCUAUGCUUUUCAUAUGAAGGGUUUUAGAAGAGACAUCUCACACACGGUUGUUUGCAAUGGAUGGGCUGAGAUUUUGCCAACUAGCUUAUGGGUUGUGCAAAUCCGAUAAAGCCAUAUCCUUUUCUUUUUUUUGUUCUCCUUUGUCUUUGUAGGAUUCCUUAUUAGGUUGGCCAAGAGAGAGAGACAUGCUCUGCUUUAGUAGCUAGUUAUUUUGGGAUGUACAACUUAAUCAAGAGCUCUUUUCUUUGUUUUGUAAAUCCGGAUGAUGAUUAUAUGCUCUCUUGUUUCGAUUGUUUUU